GUUGACAUUCAUUUACUGCCGUCAGAAAUUUAUGUAUAUAAGGUAUCAGUGAUGGCUCUCUGUGCUGGCCGUUUACCAUUCCCAAAACUGCUGAUCCGUAGUUCGGCGUUUGAUGCAGCAGUGUUGGAUGAAAUCGCCUGGCUUUCAAUUCCAGAUACAAUAUUCAUUUUGGUAUGUUUUUCGUGCUUCGAAUUUCUAAUAACAGAACCAAAAGGACAGCUUUUUGGUCUCUUUCUUUUCAGCCGCUUGCAAAGGUGUAAAACACUGACAGCAGUUUCUCUUGCUUGGCUGAUGGUGCUGUGGUAUGACGUGAGGUGUGAAUUGUAUGUGCAGCUCAUCAAUUUGGUGGAUAAUUUGCGAGCUAUUGUUGCUGUGAUAAACGAUCAUUGUUCCAAGAACUCUUCCGUAGCUUCAUUACUGGCUCUGGCUGCGACAGCGAUGCUUAUUACAGCUGCUCACCGGAUGUUGCUCACGCUGGGUCUAUUCUGUUGCUGCUCAGUCAGCGGCACGGCUGCCUGGCGUCACCACAACAAUCACAGUUGUCAUGGGUGUGCAGAAGCUCGUGAUGAAUUAGCCAAAAUCCGGCUGGAGCAAAUCAAGCGAGAGAUCCUUGAAAAGCUCGGUCUGGAUGGCCCGCCGCAGGUCCGGCCGCAGGACGGCUUCCCGACAAUCCCACAAGUUGCUAAAUAUCUGAAGUACCAUCUGCGGUACGAUUCAGCAGCAGCAGCACACAUGCAAAGCUCAUUCCUGGCUGAUGAGCUAACGCUGGAGCGCAAGACCGAACGAACGAUUGUACUGGCUGAGCGGGUACCACCGCGCUACAACUUGGAUACUGUUGUUGGCUACUUCAAAUUUUCCGGCGAGCUGAUGUCAAAACUGCUUCAUUCUGCGGUACUCAAUGUUUUCUUGCGUAAGCCAUCCGUGCUGCAGUCGGAUUCCCGCAUCGUCGCUGUACAAGUGCUUGUCAAGGAAGUGCUCCGGAAUGGCUCGGUAAUACGUUGUUUGCAUUCCAGUUCUAUCUUUCCUCUCUCUCUUGCUCCCUUCUGA